AACCUCAAAGGCAAGACUGUCGUCUUUACUGGCGGCGCAAGCGGCAUCGGACGGGAAGCCGUCACCAUCUUCGCCAACGCCGGAGCCAACAUCACUUUUGGCGACAUCGACAACGUCGGUGGCGCCAAGCUGGCCACUGAACUGGGAGGACACGUCCGCUACAAAAAAACAGACGUAACCAGUUUCCAGUCACUUAAAGACCUCUUCGCAGCUGCGACUGAGGCUCAUGGCCCACUGGACAUUGUUUGUGCCAACGCGGGCAUUCAUGAGCAUGAGGACUGGCUUUCGGAGGAAUAUCUUGAAAAAGACUGCGCUUGGCGUGCAACCCAAGUCAACUUCAUUGGCGUGUUGAACACCAUCAAACUCGCUCUUUUAUCUUUCAAGCGGUCCGGCAAGCCAGGUUCGAUAGUCAUGACCGCCUCUGCGGCAGGAUACAUGGAUAGCUCGCCGGUUUGCUAUUACGCAGGGACCAAGCAUGCCGUCGUCGGUCUCCUCCGUUCCUUCGCUACUAUUACGCCAGUCUACGACACUCGUAUCAAUUUAAUCGCGCCGUGGAUGACCAAUACUCCGUUUGCUGGGGACGAAGUUCUGAAACGAUGGGAAGGGUUACCCAUGAACAAGCCGGAAACGUGUGCACAAGCCAUUGUCUUUGCUGCCAUCAAUCCCGAAUUGCACGGCUGUGGUAUCUGGGUCGGAGGAGAUAGACUCUUUGAGGUUGAAAAGGGAUAUCUUCGUACUAGACCGCAAUGGCUCGGCCAGGAGAUGUCGGAUAACUUCCAGGAAGGCUGGGAACGCCUUUCA